AUGGAUUUUAUUUUUUGGUAUAACCACGGUCUUGAUGUUAAGCGCAUACUUACUUUUACAUGCAUUUAUACUUAUUGUAAAGCUGUUGUUUUUUUACUUCUGCAGGGUAGAGGGGGUGAGGAGCUGUCAGCAGAACUCUCUGUGGCUCUUCGACGUUGCCUGUUGGGUGGUAAAAGUGGAUCUGGUGCUGGAAUUGAUCUCUCCUCUCUGGUAGUUGUGGAAGGAAAGAUCUGUUGGGAUCUUUACAUUGACGGCCUUGUUGUCAGUUCAGAUGGGAAUCUUCUAGAUGCCCUAGGUGCUGCUAUAAAGGAAAAGAAACUGAUGUUCCCAAAGGCUGCUUUGAGCGAUACGGGCAUAUACAGGCAUCCCAAGAGUAAAUGUUGCAGCUGGUGCAUCAGGCGAUGA